AUGUCGACAAAUGUUGACGAAAAGGCUGCGGCUGUCGGUCUUGAGGAGGACACUGCUGCGAAUCUGAAUGCCCUCAAGCAGACUACCACAAUUGACACUGUGCACAACGAUGAAGCCCUCAAGGUUAUCGCUCAAUUCUGUGGAGAUCACGAAUGGACUGAGCAAGAAGAGAAGAAGCUCCGACGUAAGAUCGAUAGUCGGCUCUUGCCGAUAUUGUGCAUCACGUACGGCUUGCAGUACUACGAUAAGGCCAUGCUCGGCCAAGCGGCACUGUUUGGUUUACGCAAAGAUCUCGAGCUAGAAACCGGCAUGAGGUACAGCUGGAGUGCAAGUAUCUUUUACCUGGGAUUCAUCUGCGGCGCCUACCCGGCAAUUUUGCUGGCUCAACGCUAUCCCAUCGAACGUGUGGCGUCCGCCAUCAUUGUAGUGUGGGGCGCUUGCCUCAUGUGCACAACAGCCUGUUCAAGCUGGAAAGGCCUUUACGCCCAGCGCUUCUUUCUCGGCUUUCUCGAGUCCGGAAUAUCGCCCAUGUUCAUGCUCGUGGUAGGUGGUUGGUACAAGAAGAAUGAGCAAGCGUUACGCAUGGGUGCUUGGUAUUGCUGCACCGGUUACGUCUCGAUCGUAUCCCCUCUCAUCAACUAUGGCUUGGGGCAUAUCAACGGUUCUCUGGCGCAGUGGAAGUACAUGUAUCUGGUGGCCGGUGCCUUAACAAUCCUUUGGGCCAUCAUUAUCUUCUUCCUAAUGCCACCAGACCCCAUACGUGCAAAGGGAUUCAGCGACCGCGAGCGCUAUGUUGCAGUCGCACGUCUGCAGUCUAAUAAUGCUGGCGUGCGGAACACUCACUUUAAGAUUGCCCACGUUUGGGAUGCGGCAACGGACCUGCGCUUUUGGCUUGCCUUUAGCAUGGCGUUCCUACUCAUGAUUGCCAAUGGUCCUGUUUCCUCGUUCACGCCGAUAAUUAUCAGCGGGUUUGGAUACAGUGGUCUCAACGCUCUGCUUCUCACAAUGCCUGCAGGCUUUGUCAGCGGAACCAUCGAACUCUUGGCCCCUCUUGCUGCGUACAAGAUACCGAAGGCGCGGACGUACAUUAUCUUUAUUUGUGAGUGCGGCACCAUCAUGGCCUCUGCUCUGCUCUGGAAGCUGUCCCGUUCUUCAAAAGGAGGUCUUCUGUUUGCCGUAUAUUUCCUUCCGUCUUUUGGUGGUGCAUACGCCGUCAUGAUGGGCCUGCAGAUCGCCAAUACCGCUGGAUACACGAAACGAUCCGUUACUUCGUCUGGUCUUUUUGUUGGAUACUGCCUCGGAAAUUUUGUAGGACCUUUUCUGUUCAAAGUCAAGGAUGCUCCAGAGUAUGCUCCUGGCUUCACUGCCUGCAUCGCUACUUCUGUCGCUGCGGCCUGUUUGUCAAUUGUAUAUCGAUUCUUCUGUAUAUGGGAGAAUAAUAGGAGAGAUGAUACGGGUAUAGCCGAGGCUUACGAACACGCUUAUGAGGAUGAUUUGACCGAUCGAAAGGUAAGCUAUAGAAAGCUUCAGCAGCUGCCUCGCCCCUCCCAGCCCCAACUUGCCGCGGCCUUAAAAAGUACUGCACGCUGA